AUGUCGGCCACAAGUGGUCGUCGUGACAUUGUCGUCAUUGGUGGUGGGAUUAUCGGCUGCUGUACAGCCUAUUAUUUGACUAGACAUCCUUCAUACGAUCCGGUUCAGCACACUGUAACCCUCCUUGAGGCUUCAGAGAUAGCAGGCGGGGCAUCGGGCAAAGCAGGCGGACUACUGGCUCAAUGGGCUUAUCCCAGCAACAUUGUUGACCUGAGCUUCACGCUGCACGCACAGCUUGCAAAGGAACAUGAUGGAAAGAACAGGUGGGGGUAUCGAGAGACCAACUGUGGUCAAAUCGUUGUCAAGGGCCGUGCGAUGAGUGACACGAGCCAGAAGAAGGAAGAAGGCCAGUCUCUUCAAAAGCGCAGCAAUGCCGCAGUCUCCAAGCUCAAGUCUGCCAACAUUCCGAAGGAUCUGGACUGGAUUGAGCCAGAUCUUCUGCGGGCCUACGAGAGUAUGAGCGGGCCCGGAGAAACUGCACAAGUCCAUCCAUAUCUUUUUACCACUUCCAUGGCCAAACUAGCCGAGGAAAAGGGCGCAAAGAUCAUCAUCGGCCAAGUGACCGAGAUCUCUCGCUCUGAUGAUGGUGUAGACUCCGUGACCUACACUGAGAAGUCCUCAGGCGAAGUCCACACUACUGCCGCUACCGAUGUAAUUGUGGCAGCUGGUCCUUGGACUCGUUCUGUGCUACCAGAGGCACCCAUCACAGCCAUGCGUGCGCACAGUGUCGUUAUUGAGCCGGCGAGACCCGUCAGCGCCUAUGCUUUGUUUACCAGCAUCGAAAUCCCAGCAGAUUUCGACCCUUCUAAGCGAUCUCGACCUACCGUGGCAGCUCCGGAGAUCUACACACGUCCUGACGAUACGGUGUAUGCUUGCGGUGACGGGGACCAAACUGUACCACUGCCCAGUACGUCGGCCGAGGUUGAGGUUGAUCUUGAGCGCUGCCAGGAAAUCUUCGACCAGGUCGGUAGCAUCUCGGAUGCACUCCGCGAUGGUAAAGUCCGGACAAAACAGGCCUGUUACUUGCCGAACUGCGAGCGAGGCAAGGGUCCCUUAGUGGGCUUGACACACACCAAGGGGUUGUACCUGGCUGCGGGCCAUACCUGCUGGGGCAUCCAGAAUGGUCCUGGUACUGGUAAACUCAUGAGUGAGUUUGUCUUCCAGGGUGAAGCCAAAAGUGCGAAGAUUAGCUCCUUGGAUCCCCGUGAUCAACUCUGA